AUUUUAACAGGAGGUCGGCACUUCCGAUUCCGGUCUGGCGUUAACGUCCAGUUAAGCUUGUCUACUGUCAGUCACCGAGAUUGAGAAAUGGCUUCAGCUAUUUUUACUAGAUGUCUGCAGGACCUUCCACGUCUUACUGUUAAUGACAUUCACCGCAUCGUUGAUUCAUGUUCAACUACUCCGGCGUCUAAGAGGAACAAGGGUUUCAAGCUCUACAUUUCAUCUUACAUUCACAACUAUGAAGGUGGUCCUGAAGGAUUCAAACCCUGUGGAGCUGAUGCAUCACAGAUGCUCAUGCAUUGCAGGAGCAGCCCUAUGCAACCACUGUGUUGCUUUGUUGUUCCAAUCUGCACAUUACAGCCAGCUGAAUUUGUCUGUGGUACCUCCUGUGUUAAGCUGUACUGAGGGAGAACAGCAAUGGCACAAGCCUAGAACUUUGGGUGUUAAGCCAGGCCCAGUGGAUGGGAUGACAGUACUGUCUGCUAAACCAAAGGAGAGAGCAACAAAUGAAGGUGUAAGGAGCACACUCUACAAAGGCCUAACAGGGGAUUUACCUGACCUUUCCGUCCUUCGGGUGACGGAAGUGUACAACGAUUUCCCUGCAGCUGAGGUGCCGAUGAUCUGCAGCAUGGGCAUCACCUGUGAGAUCCCUUUGGUCGAAUCCGCCCUUGGCAUGGUUCAGGCUGGAAGCCCUUUAUCAUACCAACAACCAGCUAGAGCCAGGAGAGACUUGUCCUUCCACUCUGCACCACCACGUCCAUCUCUGCCACUUGAUAAUUAACACCUGCCGCCAUCCACUUGCAUGUUUGUGUGUACCGAGUCUGAGCAGUUACAUCUAAAAAGUCUAGAGGUAAACUGGGACAUGGUGCGUAAAUUUGAAUGUGCAAGAAGAGUGCAAAGUAAAUGUGCAGAAUGGCAUGAGCUCAGGAAGCCAAGAGUGACUGCAUCACGGUUCAGGGAGAUCUGCCAGGUUAAAGAAUGUGCCGAAGACAGUCUGGCUAAACGGAUACUUCAGGGAACCCGACAAACAGCCGCUAUGAAGAGGGGAAUCGAGUUAGAGGCGGAUGCUAUUUGGGAAUAUUGCCGAAUGAAGCAGGUAAACCACUAUCCCUGUGGAUUAGUCAUUCACCCAGAUGCCCCUUGGCUGGGGGCGUCUCCAGAUGGCUUAAUUUUUGACCCUUCUGAAUCCUGUGAGUUCGGUCUAAUAGAAAUGAAGUGCCCUAAUGUCAAAAGCUAUGUUGAUUGUCCAUACCUCCAAAUGAGAUCAGGCCAGUUAGAGCUUAAAAAAUCACAUGCAUAUUACUGGCAAGUGCAGGGGCAGAUGUUAGUAACAGGCAUGAACUGGUGUGAUUUUGUCGUGUCAGCUGAAGAUGAUGUCUUCAUCCAAAGAAUCUAUAGACACUGA